AUGGCGGAAAGAAUCGCACUCGAGAACUUCUUACAAUCGUUCGGUACUGCAAUAGAGCUGUCGAGUGUUGCGCUGGGAGGACGGGUGACAUCCCUUUCAGACGAGUUCUUCGCGGAGGCUUUUCAUCUAUUACUGGUCGAGCCCGCACCUAGCCUAAAAGGUCAGUUCGGCCCCAAGGGUGCUCUGUACAGCGGCUGGGAAACACGCAGGCAUAACCCGAACUAUGAUUGGUGCGUCGUCAAGCUGGGAACGACAGGAACAAUCUUCGGCUUCGAUGUUGACACGACACACUUCAAUGGUAACGAAGCCCCAGAGGUCUCCAUACAGGCCUUGCAUUCCGUCGACGGACGUGACCCAGUCGAGAACGAUUCUCGCUGGAUAGAAAUUCUCCCGAAAGUGAGCUUAGGACCGUCGUCAAGACACCUAUUCAAAAUCCCGGAGACGCAACCUUAUAAUUAUGUCAAAUUGAACAUGUAUCCCGACGGUGGAAUUGCACGUUUCCGCGUCUAUGGUUCGGUUUCCCCCGUGUUUCCAGCAGACGAAUCCGCUUCUUGCGACCUUGCCCAUGUCUUUGCAGGAGGAAAAGUUGUGUUCACAUCCGAUCAGCAUUUCGGAGUCGGAUCCAAUCUGAUCAUCCCAGGACGCGGCAAAGAUAUGGGCGAUGGCUGGGAGACGAAGCGUAGUAGGCAAAAAGGCCAUAAAGACUGGGUCAUCAUUCAGCUUGGCGCGCCAUGCUACCUCGAGCAAGCCGAGAUUGACACGGCUCACUUCAAGGGCAAUUUCCCCGAGAGCUGCGAGCUUCAUGCGACCAUUAGCUCCGAUACGGUUCCGGCCGUACCUGAGGAUGAAUGGAUAUCUAUCCUGCCUCGAAGCAAGCUUGGCCCUCAUAGGCAGCAUUAUUUCCAGCUGGAAAAUGUCGCCGACCGUGCAUUCACCCAUGUACGACUGACCAUCCAUCCUGACGGCGGAGUCAAGCGGGUGCGCAUAAUCGGAAAGCGGGCCGCGGGUAAGCAAGGUCUUGAAACCAGCGUCGAGUCGACAGCCGCCGUAGCCGACGCGGCAGGAGGCGAAGCAGACUCGACUGGUGCUACUACGACCUCCAGCAAACGCGGUCCAGUGAUCCCAGCGCUCCCGCUUACGUUCGAGGCCUUCGCGCCUUUUGGGAAGGUCGUGCAGGCAUGGGACGACCCCCACGCUGCGCCGCGAGGCAUCAAGCUCACCCCCGCCAACCAAGGAACUGCCACCAAAUUUCACAAGCUCUCACUCCUGGAGCAGUCGUACCCGGCGAACGCGGGCGCCACAUCCGGCCUUUCGGUCUACCGCUGCGCGCCCAUCGACGCGCAGCAAGGCGGAGAAUGGCCCGUCCGUGUUCUCGAGCGGCACCCGUACACCAACCAGGCGUUCGUCCCCAUGGGUAGUGCCGCGUCUUCUUCCGGUUACGGCGCCGAGGACGCGCUGAAGGUACCCGGCUCGGCUUAUCUGGUCAUUGUCGCGAAGAACGGCUCGGAUGACAAACCGGACCUGACGACCAUGCGUGCCUUCAUCGCGAACGCCGGUCAGGGCAUCGUAUACGACACAGGAAUCUGGCGUUAG